ACAUUUGUUGGGAGAUCUGUCAAUCCACUCAUCCAGAACCAUGUCCCAAUCACCACCUAUUAAUACAUUUUCUGUAGCAUAUCUUUCUUUGAGUUGUAGAACUGUUUCUUUGACAUCUACAAGACGGUUUCUAUUUUGCGUUGUGUUGCAAUAACCAUAAAUAUUUCCCAGAACUGAUGAGGAGUUGUCCAUAUAACACACAGAGAAUCCAAUGACCAUCAUUACUAGAUUUAGUUGUCACUACUUUCCCCGAACAGUUACUAAACAGAACUGCAACUCCUGCAGAUCUAGAUGUACCAUGUGAAAAGAGAAUUUUAUCUCCCCCCAUCGGGCAAAAGUUGUGGAUAGUAGCUGAGGCGGUACCAAAAGGUGACGUGAAAACACUGCAGACCACUGAUUGGUCAGAGAGAAUCGUCACUAGAAUCAUCACUACGUCAUUAGCGCGCGACACGGGGCAUCCUGCACAAACCCGCAAUUUUUAAAUAGCCAAGCUACUAUUAUUUAUUUAUUAUAUUUAGUCACUGGACUACUCGAUUAAAUGGCAACCCGCAAAACCACGCCGUGGUCAGUUGAGGAGGUGCAGACAUUCCUCGGUUUGGUUGCCGACGAAAGGAUCCAGCGAGAGCUGGAUGGAGCAACGCGUAACGAGAAGGUCUACCAAGAAGUCUCUGAACUGUUGGCCGCAGACGGCUACCAAAGGACAUUCCAACAGUGUAGGGAAAAGUUAAAAAAACUUAAAAGUGACUACAGAUCUAUCAAGGACCACAACGGCCGGAGUGGUUCGUACAGAAAGAGUUGGAAGUGGUUCGACCAGAUGGACGCUAUAUAUGGCCAUAGACCGGUGAGUAAUGGGAGGGAGGGCGGCCUCGACCCGGCCACGGCUUUGUUGGAGCCCCUGACGGAGGAUGAUGACGUUUCGAUAAGCGAGGAGGGUUCAAUGACUCUCGAUGACGCCCCGUUGGUACCAGCAGCAGCACCGACACGGGCAGCCUCCAGCGCCAACAUGACACCGCAGCGUGUAUUCACAGGCAAGAGGAAACGGCAACGGGAACAGGAGCAUAUGACUGUCCUGAAGGAGAUGCAGGCAGCAGAUGUGGAGCAGCAGGAGCUGACCCGGGCACAGCGUGAGCGGCAUCUCCAGAUGGCCCUCGAUGAUGCGGUACAAGCAAGGGAGCUGGAAGCGGCCUUGAGGAGAGAGGAGAAUGCUGAAGCCGCAGCCUUUAAUCAGGCCUUCCUCGCUACGCUGAGCCAGCUUGUGCAGGCGUUGAGUGGCCGGCGUGACCCGGUUCCUCCGUCCAAGCAUGGCGCCCCGUUGGGACCAGCAGCAGCACCGACACCGGCAACCUCCAGCACCAACAUGACACCGCAGCGUGUGUUCACAGGCAACGGGAAACAGGAGCAUGUGACUGUCCUGAAGGAGAUGCAGGCAGCAGAUGUGGAGCAGCAGGAGCUGACCCGGGCACAGCGUGAGCGGCAUCUCCAGAUGGCCCUCGAUGAUGCGGUACACGGGGCUGAAGCGCCUUGA